AUGACCGACCGCUUUAGCAGCUUCUUCGAUGUUUUUGCUCCAGGAAACGUCGUCCAUAACUCGGACGUGUUUACCGAAUCUGUGAAACUCGCUGUGCCCCACGUCGAUGCCCCACCACCAUACAGCCCGACGUUGAAAAGCGUUUUGACAGUAGUUACUGCCAAACCUCUCGACACCGUCUCCGGCGAUGCGCCUGGGUCAUAUCUGACCUAUAAUGCCAAGACCAAGUUGAACAUCCGCGGGCAAGGAACGGUUGUCGCUAACUGCACCGGUCCACUUGCUCUCUUGUUUGCCUUCUCAACCAAUGAUUCUUCCAAAUCGACUCUUUACGUGCAAGUUUCCGAGACGACCGUGGAUUUCUGGUAUGGGCCAUCCCCACCUCAAGGCAGUUCCGGCUUUCUUCCUGCGGACAAAGUCGCCAUCGAGGGUCAACCCAUGGCACAAUCCACCAGCUCAUACCUUCGCCCUGAUAUGCCUUACCCUGCUCGUUAUUGGCUCUCGGUCGAUCAUAAGAACGGAAUAUUGCGCUUUGGAAGAGACUACGCCAACCUGUCGAUGGCCAUGUAUCAGGCAGAAUUGAAGCAGCGGGUGCCUCCGGGGGUUUACCACUGGAAGAACGAGAAGUUUGCUUUCAUUGAUGAGCUUACAACGGUUUCUGUCCAACAAACUGGUGGCAGUCCUACUGCUGCCCCGCUACAACUAGUCUACCUCCCUCUGCCAGUGGUCCAGAAACUUCCUCCCAUAAUCCUGCCAAACGACGUUAUCACUCUUGAACAGCUUGCUACUGGAAGCGCCACCGUGGCUGCUAACUUAAGUCCCGAAUGUCAACGGCUCUAUGCCAACGUUGCUGGGAGCAAAAUCGAACUCGACACAGAAGAUUUCCGCGAGUUCAGCAAGGCUAUCGAGCGCUCUGUCAAUACCGAAGGUCUCCUCUGUCAAACCAUGUUGAAGAACAAAAGCACUGAAUUUGGUCCCGACGAUUAUAAAAGCACAUACCUCCGCAUCACACUUGGCUCUGACUUGGGGAACUCUCCAGGAGCCCCCUUUGUCUUGGAAAUUUGGCCCGCUUUGCACGCAUCUCCAAUUCACAACCACGGAGAUUCGCAUGCUAUAAUCAAGGUGCUUCAUGGCAGCAUCAAGGCCUACUAUUUCACUAGUCUCUACGAUGCCGUGCCAAUUGGUCCACCGGCCAACUUAAGCAGAGGAGACGUUACUUGGAUUGAUCCUAAUAACUAUCAAGUGCAUCAGCUUUCAAACGAAAGUCGCGAUGGGUCUAUCUGCUGCACUAUUCAAUGCUACUCUUAUGGCGCGAAGGACUUGCGACACUACGAGGCCUUCGACUACGUGAAUGAUGACACCCACAAAAUAAUCCACCACUUCGAACCUAACAGUGACAUGUCAUUCUUGGAUUUCAAGGCAGCUAUUAAGAAGGAGUGGCAGGAGAGGCGAAAUUGA